GAGAAACUAGAAAAUGGCCAGUCUCUCGAGGGCCAGUGAGAUUUAAGAUUAACUGUUAUAGUCAACCAAUAUAUGCAGCCAUUAGCACUGCACAUCCAGUGUGGGUACAAAAAUUAAUUAAUUAAUACCCAAAUUAUAUCACGAUCAUUUGAUCAACCUUUAAGAUGAUUUCCAGCCCGUACUGCGCAUUGUCAGAUCUCACUCGAAGGACUGCAAAUCUUUGAGGCAUUUUAAAUUCUUUUUCCUGCAAUUCCUUUGAGUUUUUCAAAGUUAUUUCACAUAAUGAUAUCAGAAAGAUCGAAGCAUCAAGCUUUGCAUUCAUAAUGGCGGUUGGCACGAAACUUUGAAGUUGUCUCGUGUAAGUUGUUGCGAAAUUUUACAUUUUGUGACGUGUUACAAAACCACAAACGUAGGAAAAAACACUCGAGAGUGUGCAGUACGGAUUAGGAAUCAUCGUUAAGGUCUUGACAUAACACCCAUCUAAACAGAGGUUCUUGUUUCAGUUUCAGAUUAAACCAGGAUAACUGUAAUUGGUGUGAAUUAAUCAUUUUAGAUUGAUUCGCUAACUGGAGGGAAUUGCGAGCAAGCAUUAUGGCAAAAAUGAACCCAGGCAAAAUGACUCUGGAGGACUUUUCUUUGCCUGGGACAGUUCCUGCAGAAGAUCUUUAUUUCCAGGGCGCCAUUACAAAAAACGACAUUGAGCUCGAUUCAUUGAAACCGAUCAAGCCAAAACGAGAUAACGAUGCUGAUGAAGAGGGGAAAGAUGCGGCUCUACCAAGCAAUUAUGGAAUAUGGAAUAAUUGGGUGAAUAACACUUCACUGCAUGGUAUCCGUUAUGUGUUCUGGAGACGUCCCCUCUGGGCCCGGAUUGGCUGGUUGCUAUUGCUGCUGGCAUUUACCGCAUAUUUCUUAUUCACUGCGUACAAAUCAUUAGACAAAUACUUCAAACGUCCUAUAAACACUGUAAUCACCCAAAAGUACGUCAAUAGUCUUGAAUUCCCAGCUGUCACCAUUUGCCCACAAAAUCUUAUAAGCAAGAAAAAGAUGUAUGCUUUGGACGGCGACGCUGAUUUUGUUCGGUACAGUCUCAACGACAGCUUCUGCUCAGCUACGAAGUCAGUUCGUGGUGACAAGCCCUGUGGAGCAGCCAUGGUCUGCUGUUGUUUACCCUUCUUUCUGUUCGAUGGCGGGAACAUUGUUCCAAACUGUACAACUCCGUACCUUGCAGCCUUGAUUGCCGCACAAUACACCUCUGGAACCUUUUUCGACACCAUAAAAUUUUACGAAAAGUACAGCCCGGGAGUCGAGGAAAUGCUGAAAUCUGGAUUAUGUGUAUUUGAUGGCAGAAUAGAUAAGCUAUGUGGCGUAUCGGAUUUCUCGUCAUCCGUGACGGACUGGGGUGUGUGCCACACUUUUAAUGCGGGGCUUGGUGGACCGGACAGCAUCAGAAAAGCUAAAUUUACAGGCGCCGGAGGGGGUCUGAACAUCUUAUUGACCGCGCAGAUUGAUGAUAACACAAUUGGAAGACUGUCGGAGGGAUUUAGUGUUAUAAUUCAUCGACAAGGAGACCAUUUUCUUCCUUGGGAUGGGAUUAACGUUGGACCUGGUAUGCAAGCCACAAUCACGCUGCAUCAACAGAGGCUAAAAAAUCUAGAGGAUCCUUAUGAGACAAAAUGCGAAGACAAGAAGUUAAAAGCCUUCAGUUCCUACACACUCAAAGGCUGCAUCUAUGAAUGUUUGGCUGAACACAUUAUGGAAUCUUGUAAAUGCCGUACCGCUGGCUAUUCAGCGGAAACCUCGUUGAAGACUUGUGCUAAACUUGAUCAACCCUGUGUUGUGAACGUUACCGGUAAGAAAACAUCCUAGACAUCAACUCUAGAGCGAAUACACAUUGGCGUUUUCUCGAAACCUUAAAUACUUUGGUCGUAACCUAUCUUCAGCUCAAAUGACGUGCCACUUUGUUUUUGUUUUGUUUUACCUU